AUGUCUUCCGGGUCGCCCUCACGCAUCCCUCGUCUUCCGGGCCGCCCAUCUCCCUUACCGUCCCCGCCGUCGCUCGAGAUCGCAACUGUCCUCGCUGAAGCAGGCCCGUUCGACGAUCUCAAGUCACUCGUUCCAUCGCUCUCGUUUACAGGGAGCUCGGCAGAUGAUGAAAGUGACUUGGAGGACGUGCCGCCAUUCCCAAAGGAUCACAAGCCACCUAUAUUUAUCAUCCAAGGUCACCGCGCUCAAGUGCCAUUUGCUGUUCGUUCAGGUGUCAUCGCUCUCGGAGAUAUACAUCCAGACGAACACAUCGCUCGUAUCGUUCUUUCUGCGCCAACGAUCCCGCGCAUGAACUUGGUUAUGAAGGAACAGCUCUUCAUGAACACGUGGGUUGAUAGGCUAACUCCCCAGCGUCCUCCCAGGCACGUCCCCUGGACCAGCGAUAAUUCUAUUCCUAGGCAUGACUGGAUUUCUGAAGGUUCCAUCUUUCCGGCUGGGACUAUCAAGUUGCAAAAUGGGAAGAUACGACAAGCACGGGUGGAUCAACGGAUCCAGAAUGGGUCUUCCAAAGAAAAAUUCCUUCAUUCUACGCCCUGCACUCCAGGCAUCCGAAGCCGCAGGGAGACUGCUGUUAUUUCGAAAGAAUGUCCUGGUCAUCAGGUCGGGUGUAAUCGAUGGUCCGUUCACGUUCCAAUGGCUGCUAUCAAGCAAAAUACAGUUUCAUCUGGACCAGGACUCAUUACACCCGUCCGUGGACGAAUGGGGACACGGACACAUUCCUCGGCCAGUCCCGUUCUUGAAUCUUGCUCUGAUAAGACAAUAAAGCAACUGCCAUCAACAUGCCGCAAGUCAUCUCGCGCGUUGCCACAAUUCGGUUCUAUUAAUUCCCUGGCUAUUCGAAGAGGCAAGAAGGUAUCCGGUUUGCAGCUCAAGGAAGUAGACGAUUUGGAGUAUCCUGAUAUCCCUACGGCUUUCCGCGGGUCUCCAACCGUCUGGUCACCGAAAUUCGAUCCUGGCGUUCCCAGCCUGAAUGGAAAACCUUUCACCGAUCACAGUAGUAUGAUAUCAAGCCUCAGAUCGCAAUGCGCCACACUUACGAGUGGGAUCUCAACGCCCGUGACGCACGAAAAUAGGGAAUGUCAAGAUGCAUUUGUUGACUCGGACACGGACUCUGUAUCGUUGAUGCCAUCAUCCUCCCAUGACGACGAGUGGGCCUUUGAGAACGACCUCGAUCUUGAUCUUCGAGGCGCCAUUGACAAUGGAUCUCUUACUCCGACACCUUCAUCGACGCCCAAGAUCGUACCUCUGAACGUCACUCCAGAUCGUUGUUCCGCCCGUGCCAGUCUAACUCGUCCUCCCUCACCUCCUUGUCUGCAGUCAGUAGUCCCUGCGGUCAAGGUCUCUCCAGCGCCACUGACUGGUCCACCAUGUGUCCCUCUUCCCCCUCCUCCUGUUUUAAUUACUCCUUCCACCCCUCCGCGGGUGAGAGGAAUUUUAAAGAAGGUCAAGAGCGUUCGCUUCGAGGAUGUCAGAUGCAGUCAAGAUGUGGGCCUAUUCAUUAUGCCAGUGCCAGAGUCAACAGCAGCAAGGCGCCCUUCUCCUCUACGGAACAGCUUCAUGGGGCCUAUCGAUAGCGCUACGUCGGCAGAUGCAAAGGAACCCGUGAAUACUGAACCCGUGACAAGUCCUACUACGCCGCUGCUCGAGGCAAUUCAGGAGCCUGUCAUCAAGAAGUCGCACAUGAUGAAGUCCAAGCUCGUUCCAAAGGGUACCAUACUCAACUCUCAUCGCAUGUCUGAGGUGCCCAUUCUGAAAUUCGUCGACACCAAUGUCUGCCAGCAGGUCCCGCCUGUACCCGAGCUCAACCGGCCGGCAACUUCUACUCCUGGCCGUCAUAAUCGUAUCGCCAGUGCGGAAAAGGAAAACGGACAAACUGCUUACGCUCGUGCUCGCAAGCGAUGGUCGACGAUGAACGAGAACGAUCUCAGGAUGGGAGUCGAGGGUGCUGCCCCCAAGAGCCGUCUCACUACGCCUCUGCGGAACAUUUUCAAGUUCAAAUAA